AACAAAAACAAAAAUGUGCACCAAAAACAUAAUAAGAAGCGUCAAGAUAUCGCCGUCAACAUUCAGUUGGAAAAUUGUUCAUUGUGAAAUUAGUGUAUAUUAUUUUAUAAUUAUUUGAACGCAUUUGAAAUGCAAUUUUUGUAUUUGAUGCUGUUAGUUUCGCUGAAUUAUGUGUGCAGUGAAAAUAAUGGUUUGUAUAAAACGGUAAAAACACAUGACGGCAAUGUUCGGGGCGUGCAAAAAUUUACGUUAUUUCGAAACGUUAGUUACUAUGCAUUCAUGGGCAUUCCGUAUGCCGAAAAGCCAAUCAAUCAUUUACGUUUUAAGGUCCCAGUACCAAUUGCAGCAUGGGAACCAAAAACAAUUGACGCAUUCCAGUAUCGAAACUCGUGUAUACAACAAUCGUUUGCACUUGGCAAUGAUGGACCGGAAUCGGAGGAUUGUCUCUAUUUAAAUAUCUUCGUGCCGGAUAUAAAAACAAACAAGAAAUUGCCGGUGAUUUUUUAUAUUCAUGGGGGUGGAUUUGCGGAAGGAUCGGGCAAUAACUUCUUUUGGGGGCCCGACUUUCUCAUAGAACGUGGAGUAAUUUUAGUUACAAUUAAUUAUCGAUUGGGUGCAUUUGGAUUUUUGUCACUUAAUACGAAGCAUCAUUCGGGUAAUAUGGGCUUAAAAGAUCAGUACACUGCAUUGAAAUGGACACAUUGUAAUAUUCAAGCAUUUGGUGGAAAUAAACGAUACAUCACAAUCAUGGGACAGAGUGCUGGAGCUGUAUCGGCCCAUUAUCAUGUUCUAUUUCAUCAAUCACGAAAAUUAAUUCGUAGUGCCAUUUGUUUGAGUGGAUCUGCGUUCCUUUUCUAUUCAUAUUUAGAUGAGAGUAGUCAAUUGCAAAAGAUGUUUGAUUUUGCGCAUAAAUUCAAUACAUCAAUUCAUCACAAGCGUGAUUUGGUGCAUUUUCUGGAACACGUACCGGCCGAUGCAAUUGUUAAUUUAACAUCACAAACAACAUUUGAUCGAACACUAACAUUUGAUUGGGCUCCAGUCAUUGAAUGUCCAUCGGCAAAUAAACCGAUUUUAUUAAAUACGCCCAAAGAGUUAUACGAGAGAAAUCGAUCUGCAAUGGAUGUUAGUACAAUGUUUGGCUAUACAAAUUACGAAAACCUUGCAUUAGUUUGGGCUGAUAUUUCAAAUGCCACUCGUUUGAAUGGAUUUCUCGAUCAAUUUGAUUUGGUAUUGCCGGUGCAUAAAUUAAAGCCAAACUUCAAACCAAAUUCAUCAUAUCGUCGAAUAUUAAACCGAGUCAAAUACCAUUAUAUGUUCAAUGUUUCCAAAGAGCAUGAUAAAGCCGUGCAGUAUGUAAACAUGAUAUCCCAUCUCAAUAUGGUAUCGCCAAUUGAUGAAGCCGUUAAAACACAGGCAUUUCAUUCGAAACGACCAACAUUUUAUUAUCAAUUUUCUAUUGAUGCCAAAUUGAACUCUGUAAAACAAACACAAAACAUGACAUGGCCUGGAGCAACACAUUCCGAUGACUGCUGCUACAUAUUUCGAUGUAAAUCUAUGGAUUCCGUGUAUUACGACAUAAUAAAGACAAUGCAUCACGAUGAGAAGAGCAAAAUUACUUACAAUACCAUUCAGCAUAUGUCACAGAUGAUCGCCAAUUUUGCCAAAUAUGGACGACCAACGGUUGAUGGGCGUCCGGUUAAGGGAUAUCACCCCGUACAUGGUCACCAUAUUAAUUUUCUAGAUAUCACAAACAAUGCAUUGAUUCCCGGAGUAUCGCCGCAAAAAGAAGGCGUUAAAUUCUGGCGUCGUAUCUUAAAAUAUGCCAAAAAGCUUCGUCACUGAGCAGUGAUAUGGUUUUAUUCAUUUCUAAAUAAAAUAAUUGAAUUGAUAGCCUUGAUUGAACCUUGAUUCUAUUUUUAAAAUCAUGUAUAAAUUAUAUAAACUUAUAUUUGCAGUAGUACAAUCCAUAGAAACUUGAGACUUGAGACGCCAUCUCACGACUCGUAUAUGCAAACGGUCAACUCCACUUAAAUCCCACACACAUCGUUGAAAUUCACAAAACUUUGUAAGAAGCAUAUGUGUUUCGUGAUGUUGUGAUUGUAUUUAAAAAAAAAGAAGAAAAAAUAUCAUUAGAAAAAUAUAGUGUCGAUUUCUUUUUGAUUUUUAUAUUUUUAUUUACUUCUCUC